UCCCUACACAGCUGGUAGCCACAUUUGCAGCCUGUCGGUCUGUCCGGAAACCUCUCCAUCUUCAAGCUGAAGCUAACAGUGAGCUGCACAAUGAGCUCUGAACUGGAGACAGCGAUGGAGACUCUCAUCAAUGUGUUCCAUACCCACUCGGGCAAGGAGGGAGACAAAUACAAGCUGAGCAAGAAGGAGCUCAAAGAGCUGCUGCAGACUGAACUUGCUGGCUUCCUGGAUGGUCAAAAGGAUUCCGAAACUGUGGAAAAGCUGAUGAAGGAGCUAGAUGAGAAUGGAGACGGGGAAGUGGACUUCCAGGAGUAUGUGGUGCUGAUAGCUGCCCUCACGGUGGCCUGUAACAGCUUCUUCUGGGAGAGUUGAACAGACAACUCCAAUGGGCAGCGCCCUUCCCCUCCAUCCCAUCAGACCUACCUGUUUGCCCUGCUUCCCCCCCACGCUACUUUUACUUUCCACACUCCCAGCCUUGCCCAUCCGCUAGCAAGGGCGCAAAAAUAUGAAGGCCUGCUACUCCACUUUCAUUAAAGGCUCUUCU